AUGUAUCUUCCCCAGCAUUCUAUUCCGACAUAUCAGAAUUAUCAACAGCUGGCACAGGCCAAGUCUCCUCCACAGCUUGAGAUCCAUUCUCAGCGCAUUCACCCAUCCGCUACAAGAUCAAUGUCCACGGCAGGCCGUAUACAGCCAACCAAUUCUAAUGUACCUCUAAUAAGUACCAAUUUUAAUCGUUCAAAUACCAUAAACGGACCCGGUCUCAUUAUACCUGCUCGUUCAGAUAACAUCCCCAGAAGGGAGAAGAGAUCUGUAUCCGCUAGUCACGUCGAACAUCAGCGCCACCGAUCAAUCACAUUCUCUGAUGUAUCAUCAUCGGAGUCAUCGAGCACUACGGUGUCUCCGAAAACUCCGUAUUCAAUAUCGCGCAUUCCGAUGGUAUAUCCUGCCCUACUCUCUAGAGUGGCAGAGACGUUCCGUCACAGGAUAAUCAUGUCAACGAAAACUAAAGACGACAUAGAAUACAAAGAUUGUUUUGAUGGGAAAGAUGCUGUGGAAGCUAUAGCUUUUAUCAUCAAAACAACAGACAGAAAUCUGGCGUUGUUGCUCGGUCGCGCAUUAGAUGCCCAAAAGUUUUUCCAUGAUGUUACUUACGACCACCGUCUUCGCGACUCUCCAAACGAAUUGUAUCAAUUUCAUAGAAUGCCUUCCAUCAUGUCUUCUCCAGGUAAUUUUGAUGAGGCAUCUAAUGAAGCGGAAGCGCAAGAAGCUGAUCUACCCAACGGUGUAUUCACGCUAUUGACUGACUGUUAUUCGCCGACAUGUACGCGAGAGAAUGUUUGCUACAGUAUCACUUGCCCAAGGAGACUAGAGCAGGCUUAUAUACAGCAUCAAAGACCAAGCGCUCAGAUAAAGAAAGUGAUCAGUCGGGAAUCAUUAUCGGAGAAGAAGGAUCAGAAAUUGUGGAUACACUCUGUACCGACAGAGAUAGCCAAUUCUGUAUCAGAGACGGAGAAAAAACGUCAGGAAGCUAUAAAUGAAGUCAUAUAUACCGAAAAAGAUUUUGUCAGGGAUCUGGAAUAUGUUAGAGAUUGUUGGAUGACACCUCUUUCAAACCUAAAUGUUAUACCAGAGCAUCGUCGCGCUCAGUUCUUACAUAACGUAUUUUAUAACAUAAUGGAAAUACAUAGCGUUAAUGCCAUACUGUCCGAUGCUCUCCAAAAAAGACAAAAUUCAUAUGCAAUUGUACAGCAGAUUGGGGAUAUAUUUUUGGAGUAUGUGCCAUUAUUUGACCCUUUCAUUAAAUAUGGCGCUCAUCAAAUAUGGGGGAAAUAUGAAUUUGAAAGAGACAAAAGUACAAACAGCGCAUUUUCCAAAUUUGUAGAGGAAACCGAGCAUCUUCCCGAGUCUAGGAAGUUAGAGCUCAAUGGAUAUCUGACAAAACCGAUCACUCGAUUAGGACGAUACCCGUUACUGCUUCAGGCUGUUCUCAAACAUACGCCUGACAAUCACCCAGAUAAAAUAAAUCUUCCAAAAGUUAUCAACAUUAUUAAAGAGUUUUUGACAAAUGUAAAUAUUGAAUCUGGGAAGACGGAGAACAGAUUCAACUUGCAACAACUUCAUGACCAACUGGUAAUACCAAAAGGAAGUGACUUUAUGGAUUUAAGGCUGACAGACGAGUGUAGAGAAAUAAUAUACAAAGGCUCGCUGAAGAAGAAGGGGGGCAGCGCAGGGGAAUCAGACGACCUACAAGUAAUUUUAUUCGAUCAUGCUUUAUUAAUGGUUAAAGCGAGGAACAACAAGCAAAUAGAACAACAGUAUAAAAUACACCGAAAACCGAUUCCACUUCAAUUACUGAGCAUAUCCACACAAGAAGGAGCUCCUGAGAAAUCCGGAGGAAAGCCUAUCAACAAGUCAUAUCCGAUAACGUUCACUUAUAUAGGGAAGAAGGGCUUCACAGCGACACUUUAUGCUACUACGCAAAUUGCACGUGAGAAAUGGAUAAAGCAAAUCAAAAAUCAAAAACAGGCGCUCUGUGAGCACCCAGUCUUCCAGAAGAACAUUCUAAUACGAGGGAAGUUCUUCUCAGGGACGAACAAUAUCAGCUGUGCAGCUUAUUUUGACUCUUAUCAGAAGUUGGCCCUCGGGACAGAAACAGGAAUAUGGAUUGGCGAUAUUAACCCUGGUGCUGAAAGUGUACCCCAAAAAGCCCUUGAAAUUGAAAAAGUAUCACAGAUUGAAAUGCUCGAGGACUACGGAUUUUUAUUGGUUCUAGCUGACAGAAGUUUAUAUAGUUUCUCUAUCGAUGCUUUACAAUCAGAUGAUGGAAACCAUUCCAAUAAACGUGCACACAAACUUGGAGUACAUGCAAGUUUCUUUAAAUCGGGAACUUGUAUGGGGAGGACGCUGGUUGCGACCGUGAAAUCAACAGCCCUUCAGUCGACAAUAAAAACGCUAGAACCAAUAGAUUACACUUCAAAGAGCAAGAACAAGGGCCCUGGUUUCAAAUUCCUACGUAAUUCAAAUGAUUAUCUCAAAAUACACAAGGAAUUGUAUGUGCCAUCAGAAGUGUCUUCAUUACAUUUCCUCAAGAGAACAUUGUGUGUAGGCUGUGCCAAAGGUUUUGAGAUUGUUGAUCUCGAAUCUUUAAACACACAGCGUCUACUUGACUCGGGAGACACUACCCUUGGCUUCAUACAGAAGAAAGACUCUGUUAGGCCAAUUGCACUUUUUCGACUCGGAGAGGACUUUUUACUCUGUUAUGAUGAGUUUGCAUUCUAUGUGAAUAAAGAUGGGAGGCGGUCUCGCCAUAAUUGGUUAGUGAUGUGGGAGGGUGCGCCAACAUCAUUUGCCAUGCAAUAUCCAUACAUUCUUGCGUUUGAGGCAUCAUUGAUUGAAGUCAGAAAUGUAGAAACCGGGUCAUUGGAACAGAUCAUUGAAGGAAACAACCUGCAAUGUUUAUUUUCGGAUAAUAAAGGCAAUAUUCUCGUCUCCGCAAAUGAUCCGACGAUUGGCGGUUCUGAGGUAUUCUCUCUAAAGAUUGUUGAGGAGCGAGACAAAAAAGUAUUACAUGAGUAG